UUAUGCUGAUAUUAAACGGGCCUGUUAUCAAAUGGCUACGGCGACUCGUGCCAUACUUGCUAAUAUACUUUCAUGACACUUGAACGACACAAACUUAUUCAAUUGAUUAAAGUCGAGAUCUACGUAAGGUCCUGGUUCCACGUUUUCUCACCAGCCAAGGGAUAUCCAGCUCCACGUUUUCGCGCAGUCUUUCGUCGAGGUCAUUCAACGCGGAUAACAGGAGUAGUCCGAGCUGUGUAAUGUACAAACGUUAUAGCACGUUGACAUGUUAAGCGAUUUACACGCGGACAGUCGCCUAGCGGAAGAAUGAACGGCGCGGUUGGUAAUCGUUUACUCUGCAGAGUCUGUGUGUGCAAGCAAGUCCCGCAGAUCGGCAGCUUGAGAUCUUUCAUCCCUCGGCAACAACAACCGGUUAUUGCUUUUUACCGUAGAAAUGUCACGGCAGCUCCUUCAGACAGUCGGCUGAUAACUUCUAAACACCAGUCUAAUCCACGGACGGCGUAUCCGCGAUGGAUGUCGGGCAGGGGGGCGAUGAAUAUCUUUGACAGGACCAUGAAAAGAAAGCAGAAGAAAUGGGCAGCAUCACUACAGGACAGCAGCAAAUACGACUACCUGAGAGACGAGGUUGGCAGCAGAGUUGCAGAUCGAGUCUAUGACAUUGCAAGGACAUUCCCUCUUGCUCUGGAUGUCGGCUGUGGAAAAAGUCACAUUGCUGAGCAUUUAAGCAAGGAUGUAGUGGAACGUCUGUUUCUAACAGACAUCUCAGAGGCUACUUUGAAGCAGAUGAGAAGCUGUGAGAUACCAACCCACUGCGUUCUAGCAGAUGAGGAAUUCUUGCCCUUCAAAGAAAACACCUUUGACCUGGUCGUCAGCAGCUUGAGUCUGCACUGGACCAACGACCUGCCUGGAGCCCUCCGACAGAUCCAUCACGUGCUGAAGCCAGAUGGGGUGUUCAUUGGUGCCAUGGUGGGUGGAGAGACCCUAUACGAGUUGCGCUGCUCCCUCCAGCUGGCAGAGACGGAGAGAGAGGGGGGCUUCUCCCCCCACGUCUCCCCCUACACGGCUGUCACCGACAUUGGAAACCUCCUGGGACAAGCCGGCUUCAAUAUGUUGACUGUGGACAUCGACGACAUCCAGGUCGGCUAUCCUGGCAUCACCGAACUCAUGACUGAUCUGCAAGGUAUGGGUGAGAGCAACUGUGCAUGGAACAGACGGUCCCUGUUGCACCGAGACACAAUUUUAGCAGCCGCAGCUAUUUACACAGAAAUGUACGGGAGCGAGGACGGCUCUGUCCCGGCAACCUUCGAGAUCCUGUACAUGAUUGGCUGGAAGCCUCACAAGUCGCAGGCCAAACCAGCGAAGAGAGGCUCUGCGACGGCAUCAUUCGGAGACCUGUCAAAAAUCAGCCAGCCAACCAACACAGACAAGCCAUAGAAAGGAACAUCUCAGCCAGACCACCGUAGCUGUUGUACAAUUUGUAUCCAGCCAAUUACCCCACUCUUCCGAGCCAUCCCAGUCGCUGCUCCACCCCCUCUGCCGAUCCAGGGAGGGCUACAGACUACUACAUGCCUCCUCCGAUACAUGUGGAGUCACCAGCCGCUUCUUUUCACCUGACAGUGAGGAGUUUCACCAUGGUGACGUAGCGUGUGGGAGGAUCACGCUAUUCCCCCCAGUUCCCCCUCCCCCCCAACAGGCCAGAACGCUGUACUGCCGCCCCUCUGAUCGACCAGAGGGGCGGUAGUACAGCGACCAGGACACAUACCCAUAGCCGGCUUCCCACCCGCAGACACGGCCAAUCGUGUCUGUAGGGACGCCCGACCAAGGCGGAGGUAACACGGGGAUUCAAACUGGCGAUUCCCGUCUUGGUAGGCAAAGGAAUAGACCGCUACGCUACCCAGACGUGCAAAUGUCGUUUUUGAUUCAGCCUGUGCUUAUCGUAUUUAAAAGUCAGAAUAUGACGAAACCAGGUCACUGAAGACCCUUACCCUGAGAUGGAAGGCAUACCCUAAAUCCGUACCUGUUAGUGUUAGUUUCAUUUAGCAGACGCUUUUAUCCAAAGCGACGUACAUCUGAGAGUUAACACAACACAAGCAAGGAUCUAGUCAGGAGGCGACAACUAAGUAAGUGCCAAAAAAAAACUAGGUUCAAGUCCAAUAGGACGUGUAGGUGUCAACAGGCAGUGCACAAAGGUAAUGCACAGGGCACACAGAAGUGAUUUUUUUGUGUAUUUUAUUAAUACUUUGGUGAGAGUAAAGAAUUUAGAAUUUAUGGGAAAAUCCCUUUGGUAAAAGUGAAACAGUCACCCAUCAGAAUCUUACUUUAGAGUGGUCAAACACCACUACAGAUGUAAUGCAUCACCAAAAAAAACAAUCUCCAGGGUUGUGGUUUUAAUGCAGGCCGCUCGAUGCCCGGCAGCGCUGAUGUUUCAGUUUCAGUCAGUGAAAUCAUCACAGGAAGACAUGCAGGAUGUCCGUGUGUGAACAACCAAAAAUUAUGGCUGGACUGAGGACUUUCUGGU